AUGACUACGGAUACUAGCACAGGUAUUACGACGUUCGAGCACCAGGAGACGAAUCGGUCUUUGGUAACAGAUGCAGAGGCGCCUUUUAGUUUCAUCCGAAACAUUACAUAUGGUGACAAGUCGGUUGAUCAAGUGGCUACCGGUGCCGAUAUCAGCGGGGAGUGCUACCAAUAUAUCAAGUACGAAUGCCAUCAUUCCUAUUUGACUGGCUAUACUGCUUGGUAUGACAGAGAUGGAAAGCUGAAGAACUACUGGGGUGGAGCCACGGUAGACAGCGGGCAGUGCGCUUGUGGAAUCUCAGGUUCAUGUACCAACGGUCACCCAUGCAACUGCGAUACCAAUGACAAUACCUGGAGAGAGGACUCGGGGUAUCUUACCGAUAAGACUUCUUUACCUGUUACUGAAAUGAGGUUUGGUGACACAGGAAGCACCUUCGAGUACGGGUAUUAUACGCUAGGACCAUUAUACUGCAAGGGAGAUGAAUCUUUCCUUGUGACGGGUCGUACAGAUUUCAUGUUCAUCAAAGAAAGGCAUCUUAGUGGUUACAACAACGCAGUCCUGUCUAGCAUCACGGUUGAAAAAUGCGCCACGGCCUGUGUGUCAGCCUCCAGCUUCAUAUGUAGAUCGUUUGACUAUACUCCAUCCUUAAGCAAGUGCCAUCUCAGUGAGGAGAAUGACUUGACUGUUGACCCAUCUAGCGAUCCUGUUCAUCACCUGUUUGUCCGAAUCAUGGACCGCAUUGAAGACCCAUUUACUGAUGAUGGUACAAGUGAUCAGGAUCUGUGUGACGCUGGUUGGACACGUAACGGUAAUGCAUGCUACCAACUAGUUGAAUCUACCGUCGACUAUACUACAGCCCUUGAUGCGUGCAGAAAUCUCAAUGACUACGGUGAUCUGGCGAGCGUAGCUGAUCAAGACGAAAGCAACUUUACUCUCGCAUUAUUGAGACGCACCUUUGAUACGAAUUAUUACUGGAUUGGGUUCAAUGACCUCGAUGAAGAGGGAACUUGGGCCUGGACUGAUGGCUCAGUUUCAUCCUAUACCAACUGGUAUUCUGGAGAACCAUCUGGUGGAUCUGAUCAUUGUGGUGUAUUACGAAGGAGUUCAGACGGCACAUGGUAUGAUGCAGGCUGCUCGUCAACAUACGGCUACAUCUGUAAAUACCCGCUAAACACCAUUUCCUGUGCUGAAUGGAAGCGUAAAGGCUAUACAUCUAAUGGAUACUACACAAUAGAUCCUGAUGGGAGAAAUAAUGGAGUCGAUCCAUACAGAGUAUACUGUGAUAUGACUACGGAUGCUAGCACAGGAAUCACGACGUUCGAGCACCAGGAGGCGAAUCGAUCUUUGGUAACAGGUGCAGAAGUGGCUUUUAGUUUCGUCCGAAAUAUUACCUAUGGUGAUAAGUCGGUUGAUCAAGUGGCUACCGGUGCCGAUAUCAGCGGGGAGUGCUACCAAUAUAUCAAGUACGAAUGCCAUCAUUCCUUAAUAACUAACUAUACUGCUUGGUAUGACAGAGACGGAAAACAGAAGAACUACUGGGGUGGAGCCACGGUAGACAGCGGACAGUGCGCUUGUGGAAUCUCAGGUUCAUGUACCAACGGUCACCCAUGCAACUGCGAUACCAAUGACAAUACCUGGAGAGAGGACUCGGGUAUCUUACCGAUAAGACUUCUUUACCUGUUACUGAAAUGA